CGCUGUUGACGUGGGGUGGCUGCCUCUACAGUUCAUACAACGGCUGCCAAGACGCCGCGUGAGAGCGCGUUCACAGACCAACGCGUCGACGCCGCGUCCUCCCGUCGCAGCUCCCGACGUGAACCCCACCACAUCGCAUCUCUGCACCAUGGCCGCCCCGGUCGUGUACCGCGAUGUGGCGCCAGGUGCAGAUCUCCAUGGCCAGCUGUUUGCCGGGAAGAAGUUUUGGGUUGCCCAACGCGUCUCUUCCCGGCAGCGCUACCUCGAUCUGAUCAGAAGCAAUGGCGGCGAGAUCGUCCUGCUGGAGAGGAAGGCCGACUACCUUAUCGCGGACCACGCGUCAAUCCACUGCCCGCCUGGCAGCAUUUCAUAUACAUUCAUCGACGAGUCCGUGGAGAAGGGCGAGCUCCAAGACCCAGAGGGGCAUCGCGCGGGUCCUUCCGAGGGUACAGCGCGUGCGCCGGGCUCGCUGAGCAGACCGGCCAAGGGCACCCGCGUUGCAUAUACCCCAGAAGAGGACAGGAUACUGUACAAGUGGGUGCAUGACAGCGGAAAAGCGGGCGGACUCGCAAGCGGGAAUGAGAUAUACAAGCAGCUGGAGAAGAAGCACCCAAGGCACACGUGGCAGUCCUGGCGCGAUCGCUAUGUGAAGACUCUGCGCAACAGGCCUCCAUCUGCGUUCAACAUCCCGGACAACGCACCGCCGUCUCCUCCCUCAGACGCCCCCAUGAACCCCGCGCCAGCCUCAGUACGAACACCAUCCAGCAGGCCCACAUCUGUCAAGCCAGCCACCGAACCCAGAAAAUCAAACAGCUCGAGGCACGUGAACAGCGUUGAUUACACUGUGGACGAGUUGACAGCCCCCGGUCUGUUCGAGAAAGCGGAUUGGGAGAUGCUCUACGCUUUUGCACCAGAUAUCAACAGUUGGCGGGGUGACGAUUAUCGCCAAGGGUGGACAGACUGCGCGGCAGGUAAAACACAGACAGCUGGGCAAUGGAGGCAAUAUUUUGAGAAGAUAGUGUGGCCCCAGUGGCAAGAAGAUUCGGAUGAGAAGCACGCCGUCAUAAAGGAGCGUGUAGAAAAGCGGCAAGAGGAGGAAGACGGAAGGAAAACAAGCCAAACUAGCCAAACUAGCCAGCAAGGAACUCCGUCCAAGUCCGAUCAGCUGCAAGCCGGACCCUCCUCUCUCGAUUCCAAGGCGCCUACCACGAAGCGUAAGCGCACCGAGCUGGAUAUUGAUGCUUUCGAGUUAUAUCUCAGCGAAUAUCGCAAGGGCAAGGCCUCCUCUACAUAUGUGCUCUUCGCUAGAGAUAUGGUAUGGGAUCUCUGGAACCAGAGACCCGAGCUUGAUAAUACUGGCCUGCACACGAUCCUCCUGUCACAGUGGAAUGCUCUUUCAUCCGAAGAAAAAGCACCUUACUUUGCAAAAGAAGCCGCUGACAGUCGUCGCGCCUCGAAGGAGACGGUCACAUUAUCGUCACAGGUAUUUCUAUCUUCUUCCACCGUAGUCAAUGACACUCCGAAGUAUAUAUCUGAGGCUUAUCAAAAGUCGUUACAGCAACUACGCGCGGAUUGGGACACAGGAGAUCCAUCUUCGGACGCACGGGACGGCUCAAUUUACCCAGCGAAGAGGCAGAAGAAUGAGCCACGUCACAUGGGCACUGUGCAUGAUCCCGUAGAAGUAUCGCCUACGGGGACGGACUCGCAACCACUAACGCAAGACGAAUUGCCGGAUGCUAGGCCGACAGCGCAGCCGACAGAUGAUGGCGACGACUUCGACGUGGGAGGCUUGGAUGCGAUUGCGCCACCUCAGGAUGCGCCUGAUCAAGGUGCUAGCAAUCAUGCUUCGGACUCUCCCACGCCCCGCGCCGCACGCUUCAAAGCUCCCGAAUUCGACACACAGGCCAUCCUCUCAUCGCCGUCCCAAGGCGCCUCUUUGAACCCGUUGCCGCUGCCAGCUCACUUAACGCAAUUAGGGGAAGCAGACGCUGAGGACAGUGGUGUGAAACUUGCCUCUGAUGCCUCAACAACCGAAUCACUGCAAGAGUUCAGCCAAAUGAUCAACGAAAGCACACAUUAUCGCGGAACUACGCCCCUCCCGCCUCCUCAACACUCGUCUCCACCGCAGUCCCCAGCGUCUAUCGCUUCGUCCACAGGCUCUGGCGACCCCGACCCCCCACUCGCUCCCGACGAGGUUGACGAAUACUUUGAAGAGCAGCAUGCGGAGGGAUUCCCCGACGAGUUCAUCGCCGCCGCACUAAAGCACACGCGUUGGCGACCUGAAUUGGCCACUGAAGUACUUCAGGCUUGGAAGUUGCGGCAGCCACUUCCAAGCAAGAGGGGCAUAUGGAGCGAUUCAGACGAUGAAGAGGUUGAGGGAGGUGACGGUCUGGCGCUGGCAAGGCUGGAAAACAAACAUACGCUGGACGGCUGGGGUGGUGUUACGGAACGGAUGAACUUCUUGUCAAGGUACAGGAGUGCGAAGGAGUGAAUGAGCUUGGGACAAGCUGUUGAGGGUGAAAUGAGCUGUUCAAUUAAGAUACCCCGCGGAAAUGAAGAUUGAAUGUUAAAG